AUGGAACAGAGUACAUUGUCAGGCGCCGUUGUUCCAGGCACGGUUGUUCCAGACCCCGUUGUUCCAGGCACUGUUGUUCCAGACCCCGUUGUUCCAGGCACUGUUGUUCCAGACCCCGUUGUUCCAGGCACGGUUGUUCCGGACCCCGUUGUUCCAGGCACGGUUGUUCCGGACCCCGUUGUUCCAGGCACGGUUGUUCCGGACCCCGUUGUUCCAGGCACGGUUGUUCCAGACCCCGUUGUUCCAGGCACGGUUGUUCCGGACCCCGUUGUUCCAGGCACGGUUGUUCCAGACCCCGUUGUUCCAGGCACUGUUGUUCCAGACCCCGUUGUUCCAGGCACUGUUGUUCCAGACCCCGUUGUUCCAGGCACCGUUGUUCCAGACCCCGUUGUUUCAGGCCCCGUUGUUCCAGGCACCGUUGUUCCUGACCCCGUUGUUCCAGACCCCGUUGUUCCAGGCACCGUUGCUCUACACAGACUGGCCCCAUUGUCGUCAACGGGUCAAUGGGACCACUCGUACGUUUCUUCACUCAUUCACAAGUAA